CAUGCUGACCACGUUGAUCAUGCUGACCAUGUUGAUCAUGCUGACCAUGUUGAUCAUGUUGAUCAUACUCAUCACCUUUUUUGGAAAUGAUGAAAAUAAUAUUAAACUGAUCUCUGACCACAUCAUUACUAUUAUGCAAGCAGUACUGGAUAUCGGGGAUACUUACAAUGAAGCUACCAAAACUGUCAACCCCAAAAGAAUGAGAUCCAACUCCUAUACUAACCAUGGAGAUUCAAACCCAACAGUCAAUUUCCGAGAUGAUACCAGCAGGGAUACUAACACCCAAUGUCACCCUAAUGACAGGAGUAGCGGGGAUGUUGUCUCAAUAUUAGUGCAUGAAAAUCAAUGUGGAUUUAUUAAAAAAUGUUCUAGUAGCGAAAUUUUGAGAGCCAGUAAUGAUGUUUUUGCUCAUUUAGAUAAUGAAGAUAAACAAGGG